AUGGCCGAGACGGAGUCUGAGGAUCAGCCAAAGACGACAACAGUGUCGGUCCAACGGUUAGUUCGAUUGCGUGGAGCACAUCGGUCAGCUGCCUCCAAAUUGGUAUCUAGAAUCGAUGAUUUUGUGGAGAGGAUUUCCUAUGUUACGAGAAGCUCACCCGAGUGGCAAGGGGAAGAUCUCAGCGUAAAUGAUAGAGAGGAUUGUGCCUUGGACCUGAAGAAACUCCGGGAGAAAGUGGAUUUGCUGGGUCGCUUGGACUCCCAAAUUUUGGACGCCAUCGAGAACGACGACAUUGAAUCUGAAAUUUGUGAUGCAGCGGAUUAUCUUAUGAAGUACGAGUCCCGCAUCGGCAGGGCUACGCGAGCCAUUUCAGAUGCAAGUCAACUGUUGGAGAAUAUCGCCAGUGUACGGGCUUCCCAAUCCUCACAGCCAAAGUCAGAGUCACUGUCACCCGUUUCCGGAAAGGAUGAGUGCUGCACAACAAGCAAAGCCAAGGGCAAUCUGGACAGUCGGGAACCAGCUCCAGAUGAGACUGGUGAGGACUCGCCAGUUGUCGCCCCGUGUGACUCGCGUUCCAGUGUAGUAUCUAGUACGAGUGCCAGUAGUGGAAGCAGCUUCCACCACCGGAUGAAGCUGCCCAAGCUCGAGAUUCCUAAGUUCAGCGGUGACAUCCGAGCUUGGUCCUCGUUUUGGGACAUGUUUGGGUCGGCCAUUGAUGGCAAUGACACCCUGGAUGACGUUGAUAAGUUCAACUACCUAAAGUCCUUGGUAGUGGGAGAGGCACGAGAGGCAAUUGCCGGAUUUGCCCUGACAGGAGCCAACUACAGGGCUGCAGUUGACGUCCUCAAGCAACGAUUCGGCAACGUCCAGGUCAUUGUCGCCAGCCACAUGGAGGGCCUCUUGAAUGUUGCUUCUGUCACCAGCGAGGAUGAUGUAACUGGCCUCAGGAAGCUAUACACCACCGUUGAGACACACAUUCGUAGUUUACAGUCCCUCGGGAUGAGUCGCGAGUCUUAUGGAUCCCUGUUGACGUCUGUUUUGAUGUCCCGAUUACCCACAGAGUUCCGGCUCAUUGUCAGCCGCAAGAUUGCCGGGACUGAGCAGCAUUGGGAGAUCGGUGAGCUGCUAUCGGCUGUCCAUCUGGAGCUGUGUGCCAGGGAGCGAGCGGCACCGGCAGCUAAGCCAACCAUCCCGAUAGCCCAACCCAGAAAGUCCGCACCAGCCACAACGUCAACACUCUACACUGGUGCGCCUGCGCAACUGAAGUGCUUCUUUUGCAAUGGUAGUCACACUGCCGGGAGAUGCGUAACAGUGACGAAUGUUGCCACCCGUAGACAGAUCUUGAGGAAGCAAGGCAGGUGCUUCCGAUGCCUCAAACGCAAUCACAUGGCAAAGACCUGUCCGAAUGCAUACUCUUGUGUCAAGUGUGGUGGGAGCCACAACGUAGCCAUAUGUAGUGGCGAGAGGCAGCAGAAGGCAGAGAUGAACACGCAGGCUGUUGCUGCGAAUGCUUCCGUGGACCCUCGCAGACAGGAAUCGGUAUUGCUACAAACCGCCAAGGCCGUGGCUUAUAAUGUCACACAGUCCGAUCGCAGCGCCGCUAUCCGACUGUUGAUGGACGGCGGCAGCCAACGGACGUAUGUUACGAGCGCUCUCCGUGACGCUUUGCAACUGCCGGUCCUGGAUCAACGUAAGGUCAUCAUCAAGGCGUUCGGCCAGGACAACACAAUGUCCCAAGUAGUUGAUGUAGUUCAACUUGGAAUCCGAGUCCCCGACGGCGAGGACAUCACGGUACAAGCCUAUGCUGUGCUGCUAUUGUGUGACCCGAUUACUGGCCAAUCCAUGCACACGUCAGUGGAGUGCUGUAGUCACCUCGAUGGAUUGGCGCUAGCCGACACCAGAUAUGACACAGGUACUCGAUCAGUGGAUCUGCUAAUCGGCGCGGACCUAUACUGGACUAUUGCAACGGGUAACAUCAUCCGAGAUGCCGACGGACCUGUGGCCAUUGAGACAAAGCUAGGGUGGGUCCUAUCCGGUCCAGCCACCAUACUUCCCACGCCAGAAGAUACCAGUGCACUGGCCACGCACGUCUUCUCCGUCGAGGAAGAGGCAUCAGCAGCAGAUCGAGAGCUCACUGACUCCCUGCAAAGGUUCUGGGAAAUUGAAUCACUUGCAGACCAGGACAAGACGGAGUAUGAAGAACUCGUUGAGACAAUCGAUUUCAACAAUGGACGGUAUGAGGUCAGACCACCAUGGAAGGACGAUCAUCCAUUGUUGCCGGACAAUUUCGGAAGCGCCAUUACUUGA